AAUGAAUAACCUUAAAUGGCUUCUUUCUCUUAUAAAAUUGUGGUCACCUAACCUAUGAGCUCAUUCAUUAUAUACGUAUAUUAUUUUGUUAAGUAGUAAAUUAAUUUUUAUUACGAAGAAAAAUUAUUAAUAUAUAUCUAUAUAAUAUAUAUACUAUUUACAAAUAUGGGAAAAACGUCAAAGGACAAACGUGAUAUAUAUUACAGACGAGCGAAGGAAGAAGGUUGGAGAGCACGUAGUGCAUUUAAAUUAUUACAAAUCGAUAAUGAAUGUCAUAUAUUUGAUGGUGUAAACAAAGCUGUUGAUUUAUGUGCAGCACCUGGUAGCUGGAGUCAAGUUCUUUCACGAAAAUUAAAUGAAAAUUAUAAGAAGGCAUUGGAAGCAGGUGAAGCGACACCUCCCAAAAUUGUUGCUGUUGAUUUACAAGCAAUGGCACCAUUGGAAGGUGUAAUUCAAAUUCAAGGGGAUAUUACAAAUACUGCCACGGCAAAGCAUAUAAUUGCUCAUUUUGAUAACACACAAGCAGAUUUAGUUGUAUGCGAUGGAGCACCUGAUGUCACAGGAUUACAUGAUAUGGACAUAUAUAUUCAGUCUCAACUUUUGCUAGCAGCUUUAAAUAUAACUACUCAUAUAUUACGACCGGGAGGAACAUUCGUAGCAAAGAUUUUUCGAGCUAAGGAUGUCUCAUUGUUAUAUGCGCAAUUGAAAAUAUUUUUUCCUUAUGUCUAUUGCGCCAAGCCAAGUAGUUCUCGAAAUUCUAGCAUUGAGGCUUUCGUAGUAUGCAAAGAUUAUUCUCCACCUGAUGGAUACGAGCCACAUAUGUUGAAUCCUCUUCUAACUCACGAACCUUGUAAUUUUGAAAAAUUGACAGGAGUUAACAGGCUCGUUGUACCAUUUGUCGUUUGUGGAGAUUUAAAUCAACCUGACUCCGAUACGUGUUAUCCAUUGAAUUUCGAAGGAAAAGAAUACAAAUAUCAUGAGCCAGUGCAAAGCCCAAUCGCACCACCUUACGAAGAGGCACUCUCCUUGCUUGAGGAUAGAAGUACUGAUUUUCGAAAAGCAGACGUUAGUGUUAUUAUUGAUAAUGAUCGUCCAAUAUCUUUAUCUGAAUUUAAAGAACAAACAAGGCGGAAACAAAAGUGUAUAAAUGAAAAAGUGAUGGAGGAGAAAAAGACAGAUGAAAAUCAGGAAGACGUGUUGAAUAUACUUUCCUUGGAUACAUUACUUCAUUUAAAUGUAUCUAGUGAAAAUAAUGAUUUUGAGAAGUAAUAAAUUAAUUUAAUAAAUUAAUUUAAGUCGAAGAAAAAUAUUGUACAAAAACAAAGAAAAUUUCUAAUAAUAAAUGUUCCUACUUAUUCUAUCGUA